GGAGUGAAGUCUCGCGAGAAGGGGCGGUUGCCGUAGCGGAGCCCUCUGGCUGUGUGUGUCUGAGGAUCCGCCGCCAGAGCUGCGGACGGUUUGCUGAGCCCGUUAGUGUCCGUGCUGAGACUUACGCCGCAGUCAUGUCUCGGUAUCUGCGUCCCCCCAAUACGUCUCUGUUCGUAAGGAACGUGGCCGACGAUACCAGGUCUGAAGAUUUGCGACGUGAAUUUGGUCGUUAUGGUCCUAUAGUUGAUGUGUAUGUUCCACUUGAUUUCUACACUCGUCGUCCAAGAGGAUUUGCAUAUGUUCAAUUUGAGGAUGUUCGUGAUGCUGAAGAUGCUUUGCAUAAUUUGGACAGAAAAUGGAUUUGUGGACGCCAAAUUGAAAUACAGUUCGCACAGGGGGAUCGGAAGACUCCAAAUCAGAUGAAAGCAAAGGAAGGGAGAAAUGUGUACAGUUCUUCACGCUAUGAUGAUUAUGACAGAUAUAGGCGUUCUAGAAGCCGAAGUUACGAAAGAAGGAGAUCAAGAAGUCGGUCCUUUGAUUACAACUAUAGAAGAUCUUAUAGCCCUAGAAACAGUAGACCGACUGGAAGACCACGGCGUAGCAGAAGCCAUUCCGACAAUGAUAGAUUCAAACACCGAAAUCGAUCUUUUUCAAGAUCUAAAUCCAAUUCAAGAUCACGGUCCAAGUCCCAGCCCAAGAAAGAAAUGAAGGCUAAAUCACGUUCUAGGUCUGCAUCUCACACCAAAACUAGAGGCACCUCUAAAACAGAUUCCAAAACACAUUAUAAGUCUGGCUCAAGAUAUGAAAAGGAAUCAAGGAAAAAAGAACCACCUAGAUCCAAAUCUCAGUCAAGAUCACAGUCUAGGUCUAGGUCAAAAUCUAGAUCAAGGUCUUGGACUAGUCCUAAGUCCAGUGGCCACUGAUAGUAUAAAACCAUGAUAUUUUUAGGCAUGUAUCAUUCAUUUACUCAUAGUUUGGUUUACUUAAAUUAUCAGGAAUACAAUGUUGCAAUGAUGCUUAAAAAAACACUUGUCAGUUUUCCCUGUACCAAGCAAUGGUUAUAAUUAAAAUGAUAUGCUGUUGAGAAGCCACUCUUAAGAGUCCAGUUUGUUUAAUGUUAUGGGCAGCUACCAAUUUGUGGUGUCUCUGUAUAUUUUUGUAAAGAUUCUCAUUUUUUAUGCUUGAAGUAUUGGUGAAAAGAUGUUGGUUGACCAUAAUUUGCAACAUUGUCUUAUUAAAAAUAAACUUUGAUAUCCAUAUUUGGUAGAACUGUUAACCUAGAAAUGUAGCUUGCUAAUAAAAGAUAGAAUGAUACAAAAGUGAAGUUGUAGCCACAGUACAGCACUGACUGAUCAGACACAUUUAGGUUCAGGGUGGACCUUUGUCUUGUCAAGAUUGUCUAGGCCCGUGAUGAUAAUUUAUGGCAUAGUGUGGAAUAGUUAUUUUGUUAACCCCACUGUUUUGGGAAAUAAUGCCAACUGGGUUGAGUAGCAUUUUCAGGGAGAUUGAGUUUUUUGACUGAACAUGGAGGCUUCACUGCUUUUUUCUGGUUUCUGUGAAGAUUUGGAACAUAACAAACGUCGGAAAAACUCACCUUGGGCAGGUUGAUGAUGGCAAAAAUAAUUUUAAGAGAAAAAGAAUGCUCUUAUGUAAUUACUCUAAACUUUGAGGAGCAUUGCUGACCAUAAUACGGCUUAGUCUUCUUACUGCUCUUAAAAGCAGGUAAAUUGUUUCAAAGUAGGUUUUGUUUGUGUGUAUGUAUAGUGUAAAAGAACUGAAUUUUGAUGCUUACAGCACUUGGUGUGUGCGUUUGUAUCAAAAUUUGCCUGUCUCUUUAUGAAGGAGGCUUGUUCUUCACACCUCAGUUUAUUUGAUGUGAGGCAAGUUGAAAGACAACACUCCCACUCUGAUUCUGUGGUGCCAUGAGAUUUAAAGUAAUAUUGGAAAAAAUUUUUAAGAAAGGCACAUCUCUUGAGGUGUUAUCAGUGUAGUACCUAAUAAAAAAAUAAUACCCUUACCAUUUAUAAUUUCUAGCAUCUUUCUGUGAGAUCAUUUUGGGGACAAUAAAAAGUGACAUGUCCAAUCUCAUUUCAGAAUAAAAGCUAGCAUCUUUAAAAUUUUCAGAUUGCUUGCUUACAGGUAUAAGUAAGAAGUGUUGUGGAGAAACAAUUCCUUUCAGAGGAUUACUUUUUUCAAUUUUGGUUUUAGUAAUCUAGGCCUUGCCUGUAAAGAACAAAAGAUGGUUUUUAAAUAACUGUUUGUGGAAUGUGUUUAAAGGAUUGAUUCUAGAACCUUUGUAUAUUUGAUAGUAUUUCUAACUUUCAUUUCUUUACUGUUUGCAGUUAAUGUUCAUGUUCUGCUAUGCAAUCAUUUAUAUGCACGUUUCUUUAAUUUUUUUAGAUUUUUCUGGAUGUAUAGUUUAAACAACAAAAAGUCUAUUUAAAACUGUAGCAGUAGUUUGCAGUUCUAGCAAAGAGGAAAGUUGUGGGGUUAAACUUUGUAUUUUCUUUCUUAUAGAAGCUUCUAAAAAGGUAUUUUUAUAUGUUCUUUUUAACAAAUAUUGUGUACAACCUUUAAAACAUCAAUGUUUGGAUCAAAACAAGACCCAGCUUAUUUUCUGCUUGCUGUAAAUUAAGCAAACAUGCUAUAAUAAAAACAAAAUGAAGGAA